UCUGCAAAUGCUGGGAAUAAUUUAAUUCACGAAAUGGGAGACCUGAAGUCGGGUUUUGAAGAGGUGGAUGGCGUGAGGCUCGGCUACCUCAUCAUUAAAGGAAAGCAAAUGUUUGCACUCUCCCAGGUUUUUACAGACCUGCUCAAAAACAUCCCGCGAACUACCGUGCACAAGCGAAUGGAUCAUUUAAAAGUAAAAAAACAUCACUGCGACUUGGAGGAGUUGAGGAAACUCAAAGCGAUCAACUCCAUCGCUUUCCACGCCGCCAAAUGCACCCUGAUCUCCAGAGAGGACGUGGAAGCCCUAUACACAUCCUGCAAAACCGAACGGGUUCUUAAAACGAAACGGAGGAAACUGAGCCGGGCGCUGUCUGCCACCGAUCUGCGGCCGGAGCUCGCUCCCGCCGACCCCUUCUCCGGCUUCUGGAAGGAGAACAAACUUUGGCUGGGUCUCAGCGACUCUCCUCGGCCGCUGCUGCCCGUCCGGAGGAAAGCCCUGCGCCCGGGGGACACGGCCUUGCUACCGGCCGCUCAUCUACCUCACAUUUUUAGUAAAUACACUGGCCACAGCUACCCAGAAAUCGCUCGGGCGCCUUGCAAAUCCCCCGUAAACUAUGAAACGGCGCCGGCGGCGGGCGGCUGCGCGCCCCUGCGCUCCCGCCGCCCGCUCGCCGCCGCGGCGCGGCCCCGGCUCCCGACCGCCGCUCCCCCGCCCCUGCCCGCCCGCUGCCGCCGCCGCCGCCACGGGGCGGCCGCCGCCGCCGUCACGCUGGGCCCCCCCGGCGGCGCCCGCCGGCCCCUGGCCCUGCCCCGGCCCUGCCGGCCCCGCGGCGCCCCGCGGCUGCCGCUGCCUCUGCCCCGCGGCUUCGGGCCGCCCGCCUUCCCCGAGAGCGGCAGCAGCGACUCGGAGUCCAGCUGCUGCUCGGGCCGCGCCGCCCACGACUCGGACUGCGGCUCCAGCCUCUCCAGCUCCAGCGAGGGCAGCUCGGAGGAGGACGAGGAGGACGAGGAGGACGAGGAGGGCAGCGGCGCCUCGGACUCCAGCGAGGGCAGCUCGGAGGAGGAGGAGGAGGAGGAGGAAGAGGAGGAGGAAGAGGAGGAGGAGGAGGACAGCACCUCGGACUCCGACUCCAGCUCGGUCUCCAGCCAGGUUUCGGUGCAGAGCAUCCGCUUCAGGCGCACCAGCUUUUGCAGCCCGCCCGGAGUGGUCCACGCCAACUUCUUGUACCAUCUGGCGGCCGCCGCCGCCUCCCGGCCCCCGGCCCCGGCGGAGCCCGGCGGUCUGCCCGCCCUCCGCGGCGCUCCCGGCGGAGUCAAGCCGGAGCUGCCGGAGGAGUGGGGCUGCCCCGGCUGGGCUCCCGCCGCCCCGGCGCUGCGCUGCUCCGGCGGCCUGGGGAGCUGCUUCGCGGAGAUAAGAGAUGAUAGGGUAUCCGAACUCACAUUCCCACACUCUGAAUUUUCCAAUAAUGCCAAGAGUACUGACCUAACAAUUAACUGUGUUGCAAAGGGGGCCUCUUCACCUAGCCCAAAGACAAACAAUGCAUUUCCACAACAAAGAAUACUCAGAGAGGCAAGGAAAUGCCUUCAAGCAACUACUACACACCGUGCAGAUAACAAUACAAUAGCUGCUAGGUUCUUAAAUAAUGAUUCUUCAUCAGCGGCAGCAAAUUCAGAGAAAGAUUCCAAAAUCCCUCAUUGUAUUGAAUUUGCCACGGAUUUGCCCUCUUUACAAACUGAUCCUGCGGAGGAUGCUGCUUCUCCAGGGGCAGCAGCAGCAGCUGAGCUCCAGUGCACUGAUACAGGCAAUAAGGCAUUGCCAUUCCUGCACAGCAUUAAAAUCAAAAUAGAGGACAGCAGUGCGAACGACGAGUAUGAGCCUGAUCUUACGACACAUAAGCUAAAGUGUGAGUGCAAUGAUACUAAGGAUGAGUUUUACGGUGUGACUGAGGGUAAUGACCAGGACGCUUUAUUAACAGCCAAGGAAGAUUCUGCAUGCACUGAGAAAGAAACCACUUCCUUAAACCCACUGACUCAGAGUCAGGUCCUCUCAUGCACUUUAGGUACUCCAAAACCUGAGGAUGGGGAGUAUAAAUUUGGAGCAAGGGUGAGAAAAAAUUACAGGACACUGGUUUUGGGAAAGCGACCUGUACUGCAGACUCCUCCAGUCAAACCAAAUUUGAAAUCAGCUCGAAGCCCACGUCCUACAGGUAAAAUCGAGACACAUGAAGGAACACUGGAUGAUUUUACAGUUAACAAUAGACGCAAAAGGGUAGCCAGCAAUGUAGCAUCAGCAGUGAAAAGGCCAUUUAAUUUCAUGGCAAAUUUUCCCUGUCCACCAUCACUAAUUAUUGGCAAUGAUGGGGAUUUGUUGCCAGCUUAUUCCUUAAACACCACUAAGGAUUCCCAACCACCUCACAAGGCCCAUCCUGUAUGGAAAUGGCAGCUGGGCGGUUCUGCAAUACCUCUUCCACCUAGCCACAAAUUCAGGAAAUUUAAUUAAUAAAGUAGUUUGGAAAAUA